CCCCCUCCCUUCCUGGAGCGGUGUGAAAGGGGGUAUUUUCUUCAGGGUAUAAAGCUGAGAAUACCGAGGAAGAGAGGCUAAGCGCUUCACCUCAUUGCCUCAUUCUGUCUUUCACAUGAACAUUCUCUACAACGUUUCCUUCGUCCUGCCGUACCUCUCACCUGGCCAGCGCUGCCCGGAUCAUGCCCGCUAAACCCGCUAAGCUCCUGCCGGUUUUCUUCCUCCUCUCAGUGUUUCACGCCUGUUCUAGAAAGGUUGAAGAGGAUGAAUAUGAAGAUGGAACAACUAACCAAAAAUGGGUUUUAGCUCCAAAGACACAAGACACAGAUGUGACUCUCAUACUAAACAAGCUGUUGAGAGAGUAUGACAAAAAGCUGCGGCCAGAUAUUGGAAUAAAACCAACAGUUAUUGAUGUUGACAUUUAUGUCAACAGCAUUGGUCCCGUAUCAUCAAUAAAUAUGGAAUAUCAAAUUGAUAUAUUUUUUGCCCAGACGUGGACAGAUAGCCGUCUUCGUUUCAAUAGCACCAUGAAAAUACUGACUCUGAACAGCAACAUGGUUGGCUUGAUUUGGAUCCCAGACACAAUAUUUCGAAACUCAAAGACGGCAGAGGCUCACUGGAUCACCACCCCGAACCAACUCCUCCGCAUAUGGAAUGAUGGCAAGAUCUUGUACACUCUCAGGCUUACCAUCAAUGCUGAGUGCCAGCUGCAGCUUCACAACUUCCCAAUGGAUGAACACUCUUGCCCUCUGAUAUUCUCUAGCUAUGGCUACCCUAAAGAGGAAAUGAUAUACAGAUGGAGGAAAAACUCUGUGGAGGCUGCUGACCAGAAAUCUUGGAGACUCUAUCAGUUUGACUUUAUGGGUCUCAGAAACACUUCAGAAAUUGUGAAAACCUCUGCAGGUGAUUAUGUAGUCAUGACUAUAUACUUUGACUUAAGUAGAAGAAUGGGAUACUUCACUAUUCAAACAUACAUUCCCUGUAUAUUAACAGUUGUUCUUUCCUGGGUAUCCUUUUGGAUUAAAAAAGAUGCCACACCAGCAAGAACAGCAUUAGGCAUCACAACUGUAUUGACCAUGACAACUUUGAGCACCAUUGCAAGAAAGUCAUUACCCCGUGUGUCCUAUGUCACCGCUAUGGAUUUGUUUGUCACUGUAUGUUUUCUAUUUGUCUUUGCUGCUCUGAUGGAGUAUGCAGCCCUCAACUACUACUCAAGUUGCAGGAAACCAAACUGUACUAAGAAGAAAAAGUCGCUACCUGAUGUCAGUUUUGGCCAUGUGAUGAAUUAUUCUGUACUUGAUAUGAGACCACCAACUACAGUCAUCACAUUGAACAAUGCCAUGUAUUGGCAAGAAUUUGAAGAUGCGUGUGUCUAUGAAUGUCUGGAUGGGAAAGACUGCCAGAGCUUUUUCUGUUGUUAUGAAGAGUGUAAAUCAGGCUCAUGGAGGAGAGGACGGAUUCACAUAGACAUCUUAGAACUGGACUCUUACUCUAGGGUCUUUUUUCCUACAUCCUUCCUGCUGUUUAACCUGGUCUACUGGGUUGGAUACCUCUAUCUUUAAAUGUUGCCUGUAGUGGUGAAGACUGCUGUGUUUUCACACUGCGGAGGGAUGGUGAAAGUGGAGAAAAAGUGAAGGACGCUGUCAAUUUCAUCUCAAAUUAUAAAAGCCACAUUAACCUUCACCGUCACAAAGCCUAAUGAAGAAUUUUAAUAUGUAAUUGCCUGAAAAAGAAAAGUGGGGAAGAAUUCUCUCCUUACUGCUGUUCAUUUUAAGGAAAAGGUCCUUACCAAGUUCAAUUGAAUUUGUAGUGUAAGCAAUGUUUAUGAAUAAUGACUGUAUAUUAGAA